ACUAGAGGCUGAGCCGUCGAGUGGCGUCGAGUGUCGGCCGGUCGGAUGUCCGCGGAGGGCGGCGACUACUCGCCGUGUCCGGCGGAGGCGCUGCCGGAACUGAGCGCUGCCGAGCUGGCGAUGAGCCUGUCGCCUAAGUCGGCGCUGCUGCAGCAGAACCUGUCCCAGCUGCAGCUUCAGCACUCUACCCCGUUCUCCGUCACGGAUAUCCUGUCGCCGAUAGAGGAGUACCGCAAGCUGGAGCUGGCGAACAACCCGCCGUCGCCGUACAGAUCGAAUUCAUCAGGUAGCAGCAUCAAUUCCCCACUGGGGCCUUCCUGUGGGAUGGCGGCCAACCCGUAUGCGGUGCCGCUGUAUGGCGGAGCCCCCGUCCAGGGCUACGGCUGCGCCCCGUCAGACCUGCCGCACUACGGAGACAUGAGAGGCGCGGGCUGGUACCCUGCCUCUAACGACCCCAGGUUUGCCAUUUCCAGGCUAAUGACGUCCACGUCUGGCGGGAUGGGCCACGUCAACAACAUGGGAGGGCUAGCCGCGUGUGCGGGACCUGACUCCAAGCCCAUGCAGUUCCCUCUUGCCCAGAGGAGGAAGAGGAGGGUAUUGUUCACACAGGCACAGGUAUACGAGUUGGAGAGGCGGUUCAAGCAACAGAAGUAUCUGUCAGCGCCGGAGAGGGAACACCUUGCCUCACUCAUACAUCUCACGCCGACACAGGUCAAAAUAUGGUUUCAAAAUCACCGGUACAAAUGUAAGAGGCAAGCCAAGGAGAAGGCGAUGGCGGAACAAAAUCAACACAAUCAGUCAUCAUCAUCGCCCCGACGAGUGGCAGUUCCCGUCCUGGUGAAGGACGGGAAACCUUGUGGCUCUGGGGAGUCAUCAUCACCAGCGCACAGCCACUGCGCCACUCCGACGUCCGGGUACUCUGCCCCGCAGCCCUCGCAGGCGGCGUGCAGCAACCCGCUCGUGUCGUCAUACCGCCAGCCCGCGGCCUACCAGCAACAGUGCUCUGGGUACCUGCCGCUACAGGGCCGAGCCUGGUAGAAGUUCCCACAGCUUUAUCAUGAGACAAUGUUCAAGGAAGAGAUGUAUUUCGAUUAAACUCAAUUGUUUUCUUAGUUUUUGUAGACUCAAUGAUUUCCUUGUCGUUGCAUUCUUAUUUAGUGUUGCAGUGAGUGAAAUAUUCUCCCAGAAAUCGGGGUAAAUACAAAGAAUAAUUGUGUCAAUUCGUUUAGGUUAUUUUGUUGAUUGCAAACUGUUCGAUGUGUAUUGAUUUUGUUAUACAUAUAGGAACCAACACUAAAUACAUACGUUUACUUUUUAAAGUGGUAUGUAAAGUAUAUCAUGUCUCGUUUGUUAUGUCUCCUCUAAGAACACUGUCUCGGAUGAAGCGACGUGGCUAGAGCUACAAAAAAGAACAUUGAUUAGAAAAAUAGUGAAAUUUCGAAAGUGUUGAUGUGAAACGUGGACAUAGUCGGUAACUACCGCACAACGGGAGGAGGGUAACGUGUACAUAAUUAGCAAUAGCUUUAGUUAAGCACACGUGAGGAUUUGAAUUGAUUCUUUGUGAUAUUUUUUUACUGACAUGAGAACCUGAAUGAAAAAUGUUUUUUCGCAAUAAUCGCACGUUAACAGGAGAAGACGACCUUGUGUUAGUUUUGGUGUUGGACUUACAAUUACGAUAAACAGAGUAUAAAUAUUUUUUGUUCAGGUUUUAAAAUAAGAGUGCCAAACUUCCAAUAAUGUCUUCGUUUUGUUUGACAACAGCACAUUCAUUUGUUUUUUGCUUAAUUAAUGUAAUGACUUUGACGAGAUGUUUCAUCACCUUCCAACCUGCGGAUAGCAUUGCCUACAGCCAAAACACACUUUGAAAAGGUUUUAUAAGAAAAUGAACCUAAUGUCUAUAGCAAUAAUUACUUGUAUUUAAUGAAUCUUUUUAUACUUAUGUGGUGGUGAAACUGUCAUCGUCUCUUGUAGGUACAUUACUGUAAAUAACUGAUAAAGAAGUAGCUAAUUGUUGUGUGAAUAGAAACUAAUUUAAAAAGAGUCAGUGUUUGCGUGUGUAGAUACUAUCUUAUGUAUAUAGUUGUGACCGCUCCUAGCUAUCGAUGAGCGAAUUCGGGAGGCAUCCCUUGUGCAAUUUAAUUUCGGUUUAAACUUGGCUGAUGGAUGAUAAUUUCAAAAACUAUUGAUUUAAUUUUUACGUAUUGGUUUUCGCUUUUUAGUUUUCAAUGAACAAAUAAGUACCUAGAUAAUACCCAGCCAAGUUAAAAUAUUUAAAUUGAUCUUGAUUAUAGUUGUAACCACUUUUAUUACCUACAAGAACACUAUUAAACAACGAAUUUAUAGUAAUAAACACAAAUGUUUUCUAUCGCAUUCAAGUAAUAUUGUGAGUUUAUUUCUUUAUUGCAUUCCAUGCUUUUUUUUUUAUUCGAUAUUUUUUUUUAACAUUUAAUCAGAGUUCUGUUUAUUUAUCACACAAGAAACACAUUACUUAUUCCCUCAAUAUGUACUUAAGUCAAUUUUUAUUAAUUUAAAUCUGCGAAUUGCUGCAAUGUAAAUAUUAAUUUUAAAAUUAGUGAAGAUUUUUAUUGAAACAUUGGCAACAUCGUGACAAGAUGGCGGUUUUCCCCACGUAAUGUCCGAUGUCAAAUAAUAGCAAUAAGAAUUUAUUAAAAAUUAGAAUAAUUCGUCAGUUGUAACAAAAUGGAGUUGUAAUUAACGUUUUUCAACUUAAUUUAUAUGUUCUGAGAAAUUAGGUCGAUGUAUAAUUUGUAGGUUUAGGGGGAGUUAAUAAUUAAUUACGAUAAUUAUAAAUAAUAGUAUUAAUGAGAAGGAAUUUGUAACUAUAAUGAAGAAGGAAGGUGUAAUGAAUUUCGAUUUAUAAAAUUAAUAAAA